CAGGGCUGACUUGACGUUGCAGGCUCUCACCUCUGCCACGUGGUUGGGGAUGGAGGCGUCUAAGGAUGCGAGGACCUUGGUCUGAGGGGAAACAUCAGGUCAGCAGAGGGAGGAGUCCCAGGAUCUGCCGGGGUCAAGGUGUGGACCCCGGGAGAGGACUGAGGAGAGCCCAAUCCCCGGAACAAUGGGGGGCCCACAGAGUCCGGCCCACCCCUCCUACCAGCACCGAGGGGCCCAGGGCUGUGGCACAACCUACACCCGAGGUGCGCCCUCCAUUCCCCUUACAGGGGCUCCAGGAACCGGGAGGCGAAGGCCCAGGUCUGAGGCACGUGUCCUCAGGCCACAGAGCAGAGGAGGCCCAGGCAGCGCCAGGAGUCAAGGUCCGUGGUCCCCACCUGUCACCCCUGCCCAGACUCCCGUCGGCGGCCCGACCCCAGUCAUCAGGGCCCUGGUCGAGAUGAGCGAGCUGCGCCAGCCUGAGGCUGACCUUCAGGCCCCAGUCCAGGCCCAGGGCCCCGUGGAGGCGCAGGUGUUCGGGGCUGCGGGCGAGGAGGCCGCCUCCCCCUCGUCCUCCUCCUCCCCCGUCGCCCCCUCCUUCUCCGCCUAUGCCGAGUCCUUGCCCCAGGAGGCACUUACUGUGCUGAUGGCUGACCUGGUGGCGUUCCUGCUCCUCAAGUAUCGCACCAAGGAGCCGAUCUGCAAGGCGGAGAUGCUGAAUAUGGUCCUCGGCGACCAUCGGGACCACUUCCCCGUGGUCUUCAGCCAAGCUUGCGAGUGCAUGCAGCUGGUGUUUGGCGUGGACGUGAAGGAGGUGGACCCCCGCGAGUGCACCUACGUCCUGGUCCCCACCCUGGGCCUCACCUGUGAUGCAGUGCUGAGCGAUGGGCAGAGCAUGCCCAAGGCCGGCCUCCUGGUGCUGAUUCUGGGCCAGAUCGCCCUGUACGGUGACCGCACCCCUGAGGAGGAUGUCUGGGAAUUGCUCAGCAUCAUGGAGGUGUAUGUAGGGGAGCAGCACUGCAUCUAUGGAGAGCCCAGGGAGCUCCUCACCGAAGUGUGGGUGCAGGAGGGCUACCUGGAGUACCGGCAGGUGCCCCAAAGCGACCCCGCCCGCUACGAGUUCCUGUGGGGUCCCCGGGCCUACGCGGAGACCAGCAAGUGGCAGGUCCUGGAGCAUCUGCUCAGGGUCAAUGGAUGGGAUCUCAGGUCCUUCCUAUCCCUGUGUGCAGAGGGUGUGAGCGAUGAGGAAGAGGGGGCCUGAGCCAGAGCAGCAGCCAGGCUCCUUCCAGGCCCAAGUUCACUGGUAGGAAGUGAGGU